ACCAAAACAUGAGCCAGAAAAUAGACACGCAGUGAAUGCUCUAUUUCAGUGUCCAAAACUUCUUCCCUUUUCAUUUCUUUUUCUGUUUCAUCACUUGUUAAGGUUUCAGUCACAACCUUUCCCACAAUCAUCAUUGCAAACUUUUCCACCCUCUCAUAAACUAUGGAUGUUAAAAGCAAAGCAAUAUCAUUGCACUUGCCUUUGCUAUUUCUUCUAUUUUCUGCCAUUUUCCCACUCUCUUUCUCAGCUUCCAAUCAACCCCGCAACGCCAAGAAGCCCACCACCCCAUCUUCUCAUAAUCAUCGCCUUUCCUCCUCAGCUCUUUUCAAAGUUCAAGGAAAUGUCUACCCUCUUGGACAUUACACAGUGUCCCUCAACAUUGGCUAUCCCCCCAAGCUUUACGACCUUGACAUUGACUCAGGUAGUGACCUCACUUGGGUUCAGUGUGAUGCACCAUGUAAAGGUUGCACCAAGCCUCGUGAUCAACUUUAUAAACCCAAUCACAACCUUGUGCAAUGUGUGGACCAAUUGUGUUCUGAAGUGCACUUAUCAACAGACCAUCAUUGUGCUUCACCAGAUGACCAAUGUGACUAUGAAGUUGAGUAUGCAGAUCAUGGAUCAUCUCUGGGUGUGCUAGUCCGGGACUAUGUUCCCCUUCAAUUCACUAAUGGCUCUGUGGUGCGCCCUAGGAUAGCCUUUGGGUGUGGAUAUGAUCAAAAGUAUUCUGGUUUUACCUCCCCAACCACAGCAGGAGUCCUUGGCCUUGGCAAUGGCAGAGCAAGCAUUUUGUCUCAGCUUCAUUCUUUGGGUCUGAUCCGCAAUGUGGUUGGCCACUGCUUAAGUGCACGAGGAGGAGGGUUUUUAUUCUUUGGAUAUGAUCUCAUUCCCUCAUCAGGAAUAGUUUGGACACCCAUGUUGCCUAGUUCUUCAGAGAAACACUACAGCUUAGGACCAGCAGAUCUGUAUUUCAAUGAAAAGGCUACUACUGUUAAGGGUCUUGAACUUAUCUUCGACAGUGGGAGCUCUUACACAUACUUCAACUCCCAAACCUAUCAAAUUAUUGUUGACUUGGUAACUAAUGAUUUAAAGGGAAAACAGUUGAAAAGGGCAACCGAGGAUCCAUCACUUCCAAUUUGUUGGAAGGGUGCAAAGUCUUUCAACUCUUUAAGUGAUGUCAAGAAAUAUUUCAAGCCCCUAGCGUUGAGCUUCACAAACUCCAAUAAUUUGCAGAUGCAUCUACCACCAGAAGCUUAUCUAAUUAUCACUAAUCAUGGUAAUGUGUGCUUGGGGAUUCUGGAUGGCACUGAAGUAGGACUAGAAAAUCUUAACAUAAUAGGAGACAUCUCUUUACAAGAUAAAAUCGUGAUAUAUGACAACGAGAAACAGCAGAUUGGAUGGGUUUCUUCAAAUUGCGACAGUGUUAAUAGUCAUUUGGAAGGUGAUUUUCCACACCCAUACGCAGCCAAUUUGGGUCUCUUUGGGGAACGUUGCCCAGCAUCUUAUGAAGUAACAGAUGGUCAAUGAAUUAUUGAGAAGUGGGUGCUCGGAUGUACAUUAGAUAGCAUAUAUAAAAUUCCAUAUGGUACAACAUAUAUAUACAUACAUUUUUUUUUGGUCGCCUUACUACAAUAUUUUAUGCUUCAUAAGCUUCAUUUUGUGAAUUUGUAAAUGGCAACUUCCAAACAAUACAAGCUACAGUUACUGAUCCUAGCUAGAGAAAAAUUCUUGAAGUUGAAGGGCCUCAAUUCCCGUCAGUAGCAAGUAGCUAUUCACUAAACAAGCGGAUAGGCCUUCAAUGCUUCCAUACACCAUUACAAGGAUGAUUGAGAAUGAUUGUCAGUGUUUUGUUAUGUUUACAAAAUAUACUGUACCUGCAAUAAUAGAGCAUAUUAA